CUAGUGUUCGAACGCGGCCCAUCUUUGUUCAACAGUAGGCAGGGCAGAUGGGCAGAGUUGUUGCUUUUUGCCAGCCGCAGUCAGUCAGUCGCUCCGGAUUAUUUCACCUCGGCUUUCGCCAAAAACCAAAGCGUCUCUCAUUGACUGAAGAGGGAUGUCAAAGCGAGUGCGAAGCAAGGAGGUCUGCGCCGACUGCAGUGCUCCGGAGCCUCGCUGGGCUUCCGUCAACAGAGGUGUGUUGAUCUGCGAUGAGUGCUGCAGUAUCCAUCGAGGCCUGGGACGACACAGCUCCCAAGUCAGGCAUCUGACCCACUUAAUGUGGCCCCCCUCCCAGUUCCAGAUGGUGCAGACGCUCUACGGCAACGGCGCCAAUUCCAUAUGGGAGCACAGCCUUUUGGACCCCUCCUCCUCGGCGAGUGGGAAACGCAAAGCCAGCCCGCAGGACCGUGUUCACCCCAAUAAGACCGAGUUCAUCAAGGCCAAAUACCAGAUGUUGGCGUACGUCCAUCGCAUGCCUUGCCGGGAAGAUGACAGCGUGACCGCCAAAGACCUUAGCAAGCAACUGCAUUCUAGUGUUCGCACGGGAAACCUGGAAACCUGCCUGAGGCUUUUAUCUUUGGGAGCGCAGGCCAACUUCUUCCAUCCAGGUGGGUCACAGGAGAAAGGAAACACACCGCUGCACAUAGCGGCCAAAGCGGGACAACUGUUACAAGCCGAGCUGUUGGCGGUUUAUGGAGCAGAUCCAGGAGCUCUGGACUCCAGUGGGAAGACACCAAUUGAUUGUGCAAGGCAAGCUGGGCAUCAGGAAGUAGCCGAGCGCCUGGUGGAGAUCCAAUAUGAACUCACUGACCGCCUAACGUUUUACCUCUGUGGACGACGACCAGAUCACAGAUUUGGGCAACACUUCAUCAUUCCUCAAAUGGCAGACAGUAGUCUCGAUUUGUCAGAAUUUGCAAAGGCUGCAAAGAAGAAGCUCCAGUCUCUAAGUAAUCAUCAGUUUGAAGAACUCGCCAUGGAUGUUUACGAUGAAGUCGACAGGAGGGAAACAGAUGCAGUGUGUUUAGCCACGCAGAACCACAGCACACUUGUAACGGACACCACAGUUGUUCCUUUCCUGCCGGUCAACCCUGAGUACUCCUCAACCAGAAACCAGGGUCGUCAGAAGUUGGCGAGGUUUAGCGCCCAUGAGUUUGCUACCUUGGUCAUCGAUAUCCUAACAGAUGCCAAACGUCGGCAGUGGGGGAAUUCCUGCGAAAGUCCUAAAGAGAGUGUGGAGCUGAUCUUGCAGGGAACAAACAGUCGCCACAACAGUGACUGCCAGGACAACGACCAGCCGGACUACGACAGCGUGGCUUCGGAUGAAGAUCCGGCCCAGGAAGCCACCUGUGGUAACAACUGCGUUGAUGGGAGGACCAAGAGUUCGGAGUCGUCGGACAUGUCAGACGGCCCGAUCACGGUGCAAGAGUUCAUGGAGGUAAAGAGCGCCCUCACUGCGUCGGAAGCCAAAAUACAGCAGCUGCUCAAAGUCAACUGUCACCUGAGCGAGGAGCUGCGAGCGAUGCAAGGCAAGCUGACCUGCUUGCAAACUGAAAAUACAACUCUACGAUGGCAGGCCCCCAGCGGACAACACCACGGCCACGGGCCUGUCGCUCGACGCCAGACCCGCGGAGGUCGCGCCAUGUCCAUGUACGAGACCGGCUCCUCCCCCAGACAGUACCCUCAGCGCGAAGAAAGCGCCCGGCGUGAAGACGGAGUCGUCUUACAACCCUUCCCGGCGAACAUUGGGAGGGGUCCUUUGGGAACGGCCGCUUCCUCCCUCCCAUCCUUGCCCUCUUCCCCGUCCUGGUCGUGGGAUGAGAGAUCUCGAAGGGGUUGCAGUUUGGAGGGACAGAGCACCAUUCUCAAAUGUGACAUUGCACCCAACCACUCUGAAGCAGUGGACGCUGACCCGCCGCUGGCCUCUGAGGCAGCAGAGAGCGAGUUGGAUGUUGAGGAAGACCCCACCCUGCCAUGCACCGAGGACGUCAUCUGCAAGACGGAGCAGAUCACCAAGAACAUUCAGGAGCUUCUAAGGGCCGCCCAGGAGACCAAACAUGAAAGCUUUCUGCCAUGUGCAGAGAAGAUCUGUGUGGCUGUGAAGGAGAUGGCCGCUCUGUUUCCAAAGAGGCCGUCCUCGGAGACCGUGCGCGGCUCCCUCUUCCUGCUCACCUCCAGCGCGGGCCGGCUGCACGGCGAGUGUUACGGCCCCUGCCCCGCCGACGUGCAGCUGGUCACGCAGCAGGUCAUCCAAUGCGCCUACGACAUCGCCAAAGCUGCCAAGCAACUUGUCACCGUGACCACCAAAGAAAACAACAUUUAGCAGCUCCAACCCCUCCCCCCACAACAACAAAAAAAUAUCACACGAGGUAAACCUCUACUUCAAUUGUUGCACGUCCUCGACACAUACAUUCCUUUAGCUUGUAUUAUAUUUAUUUGUAUUUACUUAAUGUCAUCCUACCUUACAAAGAUUGAAUCCACACAUUUCUUAAGGGUGCUAUGUUGUAUCUUAUGUAUAGCAAUUAAAACAGCAAGCCGUUAACAUUGUUCCCCUUUUAGUGCUCCCCAAUAGGUGCAAAAACAGUAUUUUUUUCAGUGUGUGUUCAAUUAGGAAGCCUAUAAUAGGAGCAGCUUCACUGCAAAAAGGGGAUACACUGCGGGUUAAGGGAGGUAGAAUCCAAGUAGGACUCUGUUACAAAGCAGGUAGGCUAUAUCACCUGACAACAAUCAAAUAUUUUGUAUUAAUACGUUGGCAAGCUUGGUCCAAAAUGUGCUUUUGAGUAAUGUAUUCGUGAUAUACUUGUAUGAUGUGUGAGUGUGUACAGAUGUCCUUAGCGGCUCAUGUGAAAUCCAUUUAAAGAACAGUAUGCAAGUAUAUAUGGGAAAAAAAAUGGUAUAUCAAUGUAAUUCUUUAUCAAAGUAAUCCAAAUGCUAUUCUAUUUAUGAAUGUGUCAUACCUCUUGAAGAAAAGAAAAAACAAGAAAAAAAUAUUUUCAUAAGCUUUUGUUUGUAAUGCUCCUCACAAGUUGAGGGGAGUGAGCCCCCUUUUGUUUGUUAUCAUCAGAGUUCAAAUGUGCCCCUCAAUCAAGUUCGGAUCUCACUUUGCAGCCUGAUCCGUUUCACCGCCGGGGUGGAAAAAGUAACAGAAUACCUCGGGCCGCCCGGAGCCCAGUGAAGUUAAGGUUACAUUUUGUCUAGUAAAACAAAGGCUUUUUUUUUGGCUAACAACUAACAUGUCUGCAGUUCAUUCAGCAGAUUCCAACCAUGUACCAGCAUGUAUAUCUUGUAUUGUCUUUUUUAUUUUUUUUUUAACAAGUUGUGCUGAAAUUUGGGAGCAUUAAAUCCAGGGUGGGAGAAAUGUGACAGUUUCAUGUUACUUACAAUGCAGAAUAUACGCAACAAUUAAUGAAUAAACAUGUUUUUAGUA